GAGAGAGCAGUAGUGCCCAGCUGUGCAUCCAUGAGCAGUGACAUGUCAAUGCCUUGUCGUGAAGAGACACUCCUGAUGACAAGUCAGCAGAAGCUCAAAUCCCACCUGAAGAAGUUUCAGUGUGUAUUUGAAGGAAUAGCUCAGCGCAGAAGCCCAACCCUGCUAAAGGAUAUUUACAUAGAGCUCUACAUAACUGAAGGUAGUACUGGUGGGAUCAGUGAUGAACAUGAAGUGAGACACAUUGAGAGAGCAGUCAGGAAACCAGCUACACAAGAAACUAAAAUCAAAUACAGUGAAAUGUUUACACCCUUACAUGUAAAAGUAACACAUCUAAGAACUGUGCUGACACAGGGGAUCGCAGGUAUUGGGAAAACAGUGACUGUGCAGAAAUUUAUUCUAGACUGGGCAGAAGGAAAAGAAAAUCAAGACAUUAAUUUCAUAUUUCCUCUUCCUUUUCGGGACCUGAAUUUGUUAAAGGAUAAAGAAUUCAGUUUAAAACAGCUGGUUCAUUACUUUUUCCCAGAACUCAAAGAGUUUGGAAUCACUCUGCUUUUGAAUUCCAAAGUCUUGUUGGUCUUUGAUGGUCUGGAUGAGUGUCGCCUUCCUCUAGAUUUUAAGAACAAUGAGAUCUGUUCUGAUGCGACAAAGACAACUUCACUGGAUGUGUUGUUGACCAACCUCAUGAAGGGGAACCUGUUUCCUUCUUCUCUCAUCUGGAUCACUUCCCGUCCAGCAGCCACCAUUCAGAUCCCUCCCGAGUGUGUUGAUCGGGUGACAGAAAUACAAGGGUUCAAUGAUCUUCAGAAGGAGGAGUACUUCAAGAAGAGAUUCAGUGAUGAGAAUCUGGCCAAGAGGAUCAUCACACAUGUGAAGUCAUCAAGGAGCCUGUACAUCAUGUGUCACAUUCCAGUCUUUUGUUGGAUUUCAGCCUCUGUUCUUGAGAGGCUCUUUGUUGAGGAACACAAUGGAGAAAUUCCCAAGACUCUCACUGAGAUGUACACACACUUCCUGAUCUUUCAGACCAGUUUGAAGAAUGAGAAGUAUCUGAAAAAGCAUGCAGCAGAGCCUCUGAAAUCUUUAGAACUGGAUAAAGAAUUUGUUGUGAAACUGGGGAAGUUGGCUUUCAACAACCUUGAAAAAGGCAGUCUCAUAUUUUAUGAGGAAGACCUGAAGGAGAUUGGGAUGGAUGUCAAUGAAGCUUCAGUUUAUUCUGGAAUUUGUACAGAAGUGUUUAGACAGGAGAUUGGGUUGUAUGAGGGGAAGGUUUACUGCUUUGUACAUCUCAGUGUUCAGGAAUAUCUUGCCGCUUUGCAUCAGUUUCUGUCAAAUACUGACCCCGACCUGCUGAGGAAAACAGUGGAUCAGGCCUUAAAAAGCAAGACUGGACACUUGGACCUCUACCUCCGCUUCCUUCUUGGCCUUUCAAUGGAAUACAGUCAAAAGCUUUUGAAAAGGCUAAAGCCACAAGGAACAGGGUCGUUUUUUAGGAGAGAUGUUGUACAUUAUAUACAUCAGAAGAUCAGUGACAAUCCAUCUGCAGAGAAGACCAUUUGUCUUCUCCACUGUCUGAAUGAACUGAAUGACAAAUCUCUGCUGAAACAAGUUCAAAAGUACCAGAAAAGACAUCUUUCAGAAAAGGACAUCAGUCCUGCGCAGUGGUCAGCUCUGGCCUUUGUGGUGAUGAUGUCCACAGAGGAAAUGGAUGAGUUGGACCUGAGAAACUGCACCUUACAUGAUGUUGGUCUUCAGAGGAUGCUGCCAGUGUUCCAGGUCUCCAGAUCUGUUCUGCUGAGCAGUUGUUUUCUCACUGAAAACAGUUGUGAAGCUUUGGCCUCUAUUCUGAGUUCAGACUCGAACCUGAGAGUGUUAGACCUGAGUGACAAUGACCUGCAGGACUCAGGAGUGGAACUGCUGUCUGCUGGACUGGAAUACCAACACUGUAAACUGGACACACUGAGACUGUCUGGCUGUUGUGUCACAGAGAGAGGCUGUUCUUCUCUGGCUUCAGCUCUGCGUUCAAACCCCUGUUCACACCUGAGAGAGCUGGAUCUGAGCUACAAUCACCCAGGAGACUCAGGAAUGAAGCUGCUCUCUGAUCUACGACAGGAUCCCACCUACAAACUGGAGACACUGCAUGUGGACCAUGGUGGAGAGUGCAGGAUCAGACCAGGGCUCCUCAAAUACUCCUGUCAGCUCACACUGGACCAGAACACAGCAAACACACACCUGUAUCUGUCUAAGAGGAACAGGAAAGUGAGAUGGAGCACUGAGAAACAGCCGUAUCCUGAUCAUCCAGAUAGAUUUGUCAACAGGCCCCAAGUUCUGUGUGCAGAGAGUCUGUCUGGUCGCUCUUACUGGGAGGUUCAGUGGAAUGGAUAUGAAGCUGUAAUAGGAGUGACUUAUAAAGGAAUCAGGAGGAAAGGAGACGGUGUUGACUGUGGGAUUGGAUACAAUGACAAGUCCUGGUGUCUGUACUGCACUCAUGACAGUUACUCUGUCCGACACAAUGACAAAGAGACUCCUGUGACUGUACCGCAAUCCUCCCGCAGAGUAGGAGUGUAUCUGGACUGGGUGUCCGGCACUCUGUCCUUCUACAGUGUCUUUCCUGGUGAACUGAGCUUCCUCUACAGGUUUACCUCCACAUUCACUGAGCCCCUCUAUCCUGUUUUUUACAUUUACUGGGACUCCUCAGUGUUCCUGUGUACAUUGGGAAAGGAAAACACACACGCACAAGUAUUGUCAGAAUCAUAAAAUGAAAACUUAAACUUCAUAUUCAUGUAUAUAUAUUCAUAUUCUAUUCUAUAGAUGAAUCACUAAAAUGCACAAUAUUUUCACUUCCACACAUUCACAGUAGAAAAAUGCAUGAAAUACAUUCAUCCAUUUUCGAUAGCACCAUGUCAUGAGCAGGGUCAUGGUGGUCCAGAGUCCAUCUGGGAAGCUUUGGGCUUCCAUCCCAGGGCAGAUACACACAUGCACAUACUCAGAAAUUAAGAGUUGCCAUUGCACCUGAACCACAUGUCUUUGGACUGUGAGAGAAAGCUGGAGCACCUGGAGGAAAAUAAAUGGUAUAUAAAAAUUUCUUAGAAAGUAUAUAAUAACGAUAGUGUUGUAUGUCCCCACUGCACCUGAAGUGAUGUAAGAUAAAUGGUAUGGUG